CUCUUCCACCACGUGCUCGCGUCCGCUCCUCCUCCUUCCGAAGGGCGAGUUCGCAUCGCAGCGUCGCCCGCAGCAGCAGCGGACCGCGGACCACGCCACCUCAUCCAGCGGCAUUGAGCGAGGGAGCGAUUCGAUCAGAAUCGACAUGGACGGCGGCGAGCACGAAGCGGAGGAGUCCUCCUCUAAGCGCCGGGAGCGCCUGCUCGCCCUCCGCUCCGCCGCAAACGUGUCGCCGGCGGGGGCUCCUCCGCCGACGGCCGCGGGGAGCCUCCUCCCGGAUCCUGACCUCCCGGACGACGAGGCCGCAUCCGUGUGCCCGCCCCCGCCCCAGCGUUUCGACUACUACACCAACCCCGCCGCCGCCUUCACAUCCUCCUCAGGAGGCGCCACAAAUCCCACCUGGUCCCACAAGCGCAAGAGCCCUCCCGCCUGCUACGCCCCGCCUCCGCCGGCUUACGGGAACUACUGCAGCAACUACCACCCUCCACACCAGCAGCCUACAUCUUCAUGGCAAGUUCACUCUCCAUCCCCGAUGCCACAAGAUGCACCAAGGAGCAGUCCAUGGCAACGUCCUAUGCAGUUCCAGGAUCCAAUGUCAGGAUACCAAGGAGGUCCUCCCAGCGCACCACCUCCUUGGGUGUCACAUUCUGGUCCUCGAGGCCGAGGUUCUUAUUCAAAUCCACCAAACUUUGGGUUCAGACACCCGAAUCCCAGCCGAGGUGGCAGCACAAUGAACUAUGGACCAAGAGGUGGCCCAUAUUCAUCUUAUGGACGUGGCAGGGGGCCCAACUACUUUGGCAGCCCAGGUUCAAGGGGGAGAGGGGGGAGGGGUGGCUGGCAAGGCCAGAGUUACAUGAACAAGUCAAUGCUUGAUGACCCUUGGGUGGACCUGCAACCUGGUGUUGGCAACAUACUAAUACCUAGAGGUGAGUAUGACUCCAACAAGUCCUGGCUCCCAGAAUCGCUGCGAAAAAAGAAGGAAACGCCGCCUGCUCAUGGACAAAUUAAACCGGCGCCAGGAUUGAGCCUAUCAGAAUACCUUGACCUGUCUUUCAAUGAGGUUUCUGAUAAAGAGAAGUAGGCCUUUAUGUAUGCAUAUCUACGACGACAGAUUGAUGUAGGGCCUAUUUGGUUUGUGGCUAAAUGUGCCCCACUUUGCCUAAGGUUAGUCGUUCGAAUUGAAUAACUAACCUUAGGCAGAAAAGUUAGGCAAAGUGUGGCAACUGAGGUAGUGAACCAAACAUGCCUGUAGUCUUUGCGAUCAUUUGCAAUAGAUAUGUUCCCUCUGAAAUCAUGUGCACCUUUUAUCUUCGCUCCUCCCAUUGCCCUGUACUGUGCUGCCAUGGCAAUUUUACUAGUAUUUAUGCGUUAUAGCGAUCUUGUUGUAAUGACUUGAAUUUAAGGAACUGAAUAACUUAUGAUCUCUUAAUAGAUAGAGGAAGCAAAGUUGUGCUGC